GCUGGCGGCCAUAGCUUCACGGGGCCACACUCGCAUCUGGGCUAGUUUUUUGCCCUGGUUCACCGCGUCCUUCCGGACUCGGUCUGGCCAGCCCCAGGUCCGGCCUCCGGGAGGGGGAGAGGUCGGCACUGGGCGGACGGCCGCUCUGGCCGUGCCCCCUGCCUCAGCCGGAACCCAGCACCGGGGGCCCCCCCCUCUGCCGCGGCUGGUUCCAAACUCACUGAAUCAGGAGCUGUGGGCUGCGUCUAGCAGCGGGGGUAAGUCGGCUGCAGGCUGAAGUUAGCGAACCACCUUCCUCUGUAGUCGGCCUUCCAAAGCAUCCUCUGCUGUCUUUUCGGAAAGUAAAAGCAUCCCUGUCAUUCGGUCACUGGGACGAGCGCCUCCACCUCGUCUGUACGCUGGCCAGUGGAUUUCGGCGUGUUCGGUGAGCGCGGGGUGACGUUUGCCUCCACUCCGUUCCCAUCUCCCCUCCUGGUGCAGAUCUUUCAUCCGUGAAUUUUACCUUGCCUGUGGGCAUCAGUUUGAUACAUUUUAUUCAGCUCUAACCUCUCAGUUCUCUGACUUUUUUCAUGAAGGGAACAUGGAAGAAGAAAGAAGAGCUGCUGAGUUACAGAAAAAUAUGACACAGGACUCCGUGGUCUUUGAGGAUGUGGCUGUGGACUUCACCCAGGAGGAGUGGGCUCUGCUGGAUCUGGCUCAGAGGAGCCUCUACAGAGAUGUGAUGCUGGAAAACUUUCAGAACCUGGCCUCACUAGGAUAUCCACUACACACACCAUAUCUGAUCUCCCAGUGGAAACAAGAGGAGGACCUGGAGACAGUGGAAGGAGGACCUGUCCAGAGGGAGCACCAGGAAGGUUUUGAGAGUCAGUUUAAAACCAGUGAAUCAGUAGCUCCACAAGAUAUUUAUGGGCAAGAAAUAUCCAAUGAACAGAAAAUAGUGAGAUUCAAAAGGAAUGAUUCUCACUCAUCAAUUUUACACAAAAACUGGGAAUACCAGGGUAUUUGUCAUCAGAACAAAAACCAUGAGAGACAUUUGAGAAGUCCAGUUGCAAAGAACAUCUAUGAAUGCAAUGAAGAGAAUCGAUGUGGACAAGCCUUGGGCGAAAUUUCACAUCUGAAUGUACUCAAGAGAACUACUGAAGUAAAGUCCUAUGAAUGCCAUGAGUGUAAAAAGGCCUUCACAGAUCAUUUGUCCCUUAAGAAUCACAUCAGGUCUCACACUGGAAGCAAACCCUAUCGAUGUAAAGAAUGUGGGAAAGCUUUCCAUUUUCUUGCUUGUUUUAAGAAGCAUGUGAAAAAUCCCACCGAAGGGAAACCCUAUGAAUGUAAAGAAUGUACAAAAGCCUUCCGUUGUUCUUCCUUCUUUAGGGUACAUAUGAAGAUUCACACUGGAAAGAUGAACUUCGAAUGUAAGGAAUGUGGAAAAACCUUUAGCUGUUCUUCGUCCCUGACGGAACACAAAAGGAUUCACAGUGGAGAUAAGCCUUAUGAGUGUAGGGAAUGUGGGAAGGCGUUUAGUUGUUCCUCCUCACUCUCCAAACAUAAAAGGAUUCACAGCGGAGACAGGCCAUAUGAAUGUAAGGAAUGUGGGAAGGCCUUUAGUUCUUCCUCUCACCUCAUAAUACAUAUACGAAUUCACACCGGAGAGAAGCCUUACGAGUGUAAAGAGUGUGGGAAGGCCUUCAGUGAAUCCUCAAAACUCACUGUACAUGUCAGGACACACACAGGUGAGAAACCCUAUAAAUGUAAGGAAUGUGGGAAAGCCUACAACUGUCCCUCCUCCUUAAGUAUCCAUAUGAGAAAACACACUGGAGAGAAACCCUAUGAAUGUCUGGAAUGUGGAAAAGCCUUCUAUCUUCCCACUUCCCUUAAUACACACGUGAAAAAUCAAAGUAGGGAGAAACCCUAUGAAUGUAAGGAAUGUGGAAAAGCCUUUAGUUGUCCCUCAUCCUUCAGAGCACACGUGAGAGAUCACACUGGGAAGAUACAAUAUGAAUGUAAGGAAUGUGGGAAGGCUUUCAGCCGUUCCUCGUCCCUCACUGAACACUUAAGAACUCACACUGGAGAGAAGCCUUACGAGUGUAAAGAAUGUGGGAAAGCCUUUAUUAGUUCUUCCCACCUGACGGUUCAUAUACGAACUCACACUGGAGAGAAACCUUAUGAAUGUAAGAAAUGUGGCAAAGCCUUUAUUUACCCCUCAGCUCUGAGGAUCCACAUGAGAACACACACUGGGGAGAAACCGUAUGAAUGUAAGGAAUGUGGGAAAGCCUUUCGCCAUUCUUCAUACCUUACUGUCCAUGCAAGGAUGCACACGGGUGAGAAACCCUUCGAAUGUCUGGAAUGUGGGAAGGCCUUCAGUUGUCCCUCAUCCUUUCGAAGACAUGUAAGAAGCCACACUGGAGAGAAACCAUAUGAAUGUAAGGAAUGUGGGAAAGCCUUUGUGUGUCCUGCCUACUUUCGAAGACAUGUGAAAACUCAUACUAGGGAAAAUGUGUAAAUGGUAAGAAAUGUGGGAAUGUCUGCAAGGCGUUUUCCCCUCGUAGCACAGCUGGAACGUGGUGGAGAUGCACCGUGAAUGUAAGAAAGCAAAAAAGUGUUGCUUAUCUGUUUGACGACUUGAGAACUCAUAGCUGAGAGAGACCCGUGUCCGUAUGCCCUGUGGGAAUGCCUUUGUGAAUGUCACUUCUGGUGUAUAAGAAAAUUCACAAGAGAAGCACAGAUCAGGACCUCACUUGUAAAGUGGACUGCUGGCUCAUUGAUAGUCAGUUUCUGUUUUUUGAUAUAAAUUAUUUCAGGUGAUAAAUUUUCCUCUAAUACCUUUUUAGCUCUAACCACAUUUUAUUACAGGUACCUUUAUUUCAGCCGAGAUGUAAAUGUUCUUUAUGUUACAGAAUCUUUUGGACCCACAGGGGGUUUAAGGUGUUUUUCAUCAGGCAGGGGUG